CCAGACAUAGAGGAGGAAAAAAGCAAAGUGAUCCAUUGAACCAGAGUCUUUGCCCUCCUUUAAUUACACCAACUCCCAUAUCUUUUUCACGUCUUUCUUUUUUUUUUUCACCCACCGUUUGAGACUUCGGGGCUAGUAGUGGUAAUUAGCUAGGAGAGAAUAAAACCAGCUGAUCGGGAGAGGGGUGGUGCAUUUUGGAGCGAGAUGGCUAACAGAAACAUUCUGUUGCUCUUCUGUGGACUCUUCCUCCUAGCACUGAUUCAGCCCUCUCUACAAGGAGGUGUGUAUGUGCCACCUGGUGCUGGGUUCGGACCUGGAGGAGCUGUGCCAGGAACUGGGUUCUUUCCAGGGGCUGCUGGAGGAGUCCCUGCGGGCUAUAAACCAGCUAAAGCUGCAGUAGGAGGUUAUGGAGGUGCAGGCCGAGGUGUUGUCCCAGGCGGCGUGGUGCCAGGAGGUGUUGGAACUGGUGGUCUGGGCUACGGAGGACUGCCAACAGGACAAGGCGGAAAGCCCCCUAAACUAGGUUAUGGAAGUCUAGGAGCUGGAGGUUUUGGCGGCGGUGGACUGGGAACUGGAGGCUAUGGAGGAGGUGGUUAUGGCGGAUAUGGCGCAGGCGCUGGUGGGUUUUUCCCAGGAGCUGGACAAAAGGCCGCCAAAAGAGGUGCAGGAGGCCCACUGCUACCACAAGGGGGGGUUGGAGGAACAGGAGGGGGGCCUGGAGGCGCUGGAACUGGAGCUGCAGUGCCGGCUGGAGUGCCUGUUAUUCCUCAGACUGGUCUUCCAGGAGGGGCUGCUGGAGGUGCAGGAAAGAAAGCUGCCAAAGUGCCAGGUGUGGGUGUGCCUGGACUUUACCAAGGUGGAUUGGUGCCAGGAAAAGGGUUUGGUGGACGUGGAGUUCUUCCUGGCGUGGCCACUGGAACUGACCUUAAUCCCAAAUCAAUUGGAGGAGGAGGACAAGGAGGCCCAGGCCAAGCAGGCCGUGGGUAUGGUGGACCAAUGCAGCCAGGAGUGUUCCAUGGAUAUCCUCUCAAAUCCCCCAAACUGCAAGGGGGCUAUGGUGCAAAGCCUGGAAAACUUCCCUUUGGUUAUGGGGGAUUUGGUGCUGGUGGAGCUGGACUUCCAGGAGGACAAGGUGGCCCUGGGGCAAAGCCUGGAUAUCCUGUUGGAACUGGAGUGGGUCCUGGGGGAAUCUCACCUGCUCAGGCUAAAGCUGCAAAAUAUGGUUUGGGUGGUGUUGGAGGUGUUGGAGGUGUUGGAGGCGUCGGUGGUGUUGGAGGUGUUGGAGGUGUUGGAGGUGUUGGAGGUGUUGGAGGUGUCGGUGGCAUUGGUGGCACUGGUGGACUGUACCCAGGGCAGGUGCCAGGAGGAUAUGGAGCUGGGUCCAAGGCUGCUAAAUAUGGAUUACCUGGAGGAGUGCCAGGAGGUGUCCCAGGAGGGGUACCUGGAGGAGUGCCAGGAGGCUUCCCGGGAGGGGUACCUGGAGGAGUGCCAGGAGGCUUCCCAGGAGGGGUACCUGGAGGAGUGCCAGGUGGCGUCCCAGGUGGGGUUCCUGGUGGAGUGCCAGGAGGAGUCCCAGGAGGGGUACCUGGAGGUGCACCAAUUGGAGUUUCACCAGGGGUCGGAUAUUCACCAGCAGCCAAAGCUGCUAAAUAUGGUCAAGGUGGUGCAGGGGUAGUCCCAAGUGGUGGUGGAGGUAGAGGGGGAGUUCCUGGAGGCUCAUUUUUACCAGGAUAUGGCUCUUUGGCGGCUGGUGCCAAACCUCCUAAAUAUGGAGUCCCUGGAACUGGCCUGGGAGGAGGGGGAUUCCCUGGGGGAGCAGGGCAGGUACUGCCUGGUGGUGGCCUUGGUGGGUUUGGAGGUGGAGCUGGAGUCAAACCCCCAAAAUAUGGAGUUGCAGGAGGAGCUGGAACAGGUUUAGGAGUUGGUGGACUGGGAGUUCCAGGGGGCGUUCCAGGAGGGGUUCCAGGAGGAGUUCCAGGAGGAGUUCCAGGAGGAGGACAAUAUUCUGCUGCUGCGAAAGCAGCUAAAUAUGGAGUUGCAGGAGGUGCUGGAAGAGGACUGGGAACAGGGGUGUUCGGAGGAGUAGGAGGAGUAGGAGGAGUAGGAGGAGUACCAGGAGGAGUACCAGGAGGUGGACAAUAUUCUGCUGCCGCAAAAGCUGCUAAAUAUGGUUUGCCAGGAGGAGCAGGACUAGGAACUGGAGGAGUACCUGGUGGUGUACCUGGAGGGGUUGGGGUUUCAGGAUAUCCAGGCGGUGUUAAACCACCAAAGCAUGGAGGCAUUGCUGGAACAGGGGUUGUGCCAGGGGCAACCCCAGAUACAGCGGUCGGUGUUGCUCCGAAUGGUUCUGCUGUACCAGCAAAGGAUGUCGGUCUCGGUGGAACUGCUCGACCAGGCGUUGCUGGUGGAAUUAUUCAGCCGAGUGCUGGCACUAGUGUUGGUGGAGCUGGUGUUGCAGCUCCCUCUGGUGUUGGUCCGACAGGCCAAGGUCAACCUAUUGCAACUGGAGUUCAACAGCCUGGAGGUGUUGGUGUCGGCACAGGGGUCAAACCACCGAAACCAUAUGUACCAGGUGCUGGAGUUGGCGUCAUUCCAGGCGGAGGCGGAUAUCCCUAUGGUGGAACCUAUGGAGUGCCUUAUGGUGCAGGUACUGGCCCUGGAGCUGGAGUCGGAACACUGCCUGGAGCGAAGCCUCUGAAGCCUCCAGUUGUGGGUGGAGCAGGAGGUGGAGCAGGAAUCCCACUGGCAGCAGGAGGUUAUCAAGGUGGGCUGACGUAUCCCUCUGCAGUUGGACUGGGAGGUGCUGGUGGUGGAGCUAAACCACCCAAACCAGGUGUACCAGGCUACGGCAAUCUUGGAGGCGGAGGUGGCUAUCAGCCAGGUGCGGUUCCUGUGGCUCCUGGUUAUAGAGGCGGAUUCCCCCAACAGUACUACCCAGGUGGAUAUGUACCGGCCCCACUGACUCCUCAGCAAGCCAAGGCAGCAAAGUAUGGUCCACUGCAGGGCUUCCUUGGCGGUGUAGGAGGAGGAGGAGGGGGAGGGGUCUACAGAGGUGGCGUUGCAGGAUGCCAGGGCAAAUUCUGUGGGAGGAGGAAGUAGAGGAUCUCUUGAGAUCCAGUGACCUCAAGAAACCAUGGUGCUACUGCAUGAUCUAGAAUGUACAUUUUAUAUGCAAACAAAGCCCCAUUAGACAACCUGUAAAGAUGUUUGUAUUUUACUUACUUGACUUCAGUGUCUGUUUUUAUAGAAACCCACCGACCCAGAAUUUUGUACACGUUCUGAUGUGACGUAUGUUACUGAUAGUGCCUUUACUCAUUCAUGUGUUAAUCAGCUUUAACUAUCUGUACUGCACCUGCCUACUUAAAAUACAAAGAGUGUGUUUGAGUCAUCACGUGUUGCUGUGUGUGUGUGUGUGUGUGUGUGUGUGUGUGUGUGUGUGUGUGUGUGUGCAUGCGUGUUCUUUGGACAUAUGGUUGUACUGUUGUGCGAAAGACUGUCUGAACCAUCAGCUGCCAAUGUGACCUACGAAUGAUUUUAGUUUUAAUCCUAAAGCAAGGUGAAUCUGUCUCACCUGGCUGUGCAGAGCUCGUCGCCUCUCUGACAUGUCACAGGAGUUGGGUUGGUCGUCCAAAAAAAAUGAUAAAAUCUGGCCAAUCUCAGUGUCGCUUCUGGCUCCCCGUUUUCUCUGCUGCUAUUUUUAGGCCUGCUGGGUAUAAAGCAGCGGGAAUUGGGGCUUCGGCCAACCCAUCUGCUCUCAGCAACUUUGCUGAAUCUCGUUGCUGCGCAGUUCAGUUUUCUCAGCGUUUUUAAUGACGGCAAAUAUUUUCUGCUCUUUAUAGAAUGGUGUGCUGAAGGCAAUCAAAAAGGAAUGGAAAAGCAGCGUAGCCUUUUAGUUUCAAGCAGAUUAAAACAUCAUUCAGAUACUACUCUGGCAUGUACAUUGUGUAUGUUUGAAUGUUUAAUUAUGUGUCCUCAUGUCUGGGAUAGAUAGAGUGCCUUAGUCUGCUUUAAAUGUUUAGCCUCAUUUACAUUUAUGUAACUUGUCAUUACCUGAUUACUCACCAUGCUUUGACUCAUAGCUUUAUUGUUACCAGAAAUGUGUGAACAUGAAACAAGAACAAUCCUUUUGCUUUUGCAUUUAUUCACUGUUAUUAAUUGUAAUACGGAUUAAUACUUUGUUGAACGGGAGGGCCUUUGUGUGUUUAUGUGAGGCAUAAAAUCCUGUUGUUCUUUAUUUACUUGAGCUGCUUUUAAAAAGGCUUUACUGACCAAAGGUUCAUGAGCGCUGUUGCCAAGUGACCCCAUCUCUUUCUGUAACUGUGUACUGUAUUUUGUACUAAUUUGAAGUUAGCUGGCUUCAGUUCCUUCACUCGGUGCUGUGUAAGAACUGUCUUUGAGCCUCGCUGGGUCAGACCUUGUCUUAUGUGACGUGGGAUAUUCUUCAUCUUUAUUUAAAACUGUUUUUAUAAGGAGGAACAGUGUGGUUUUGCACUUUUUAUAUGUCCACGACACACAUGUGACUUGUUCCCGGAUAUCCCGGCAUUUUAUUUGCUUUCAACAAAUAACAAAAUAAAAUGUGUUAAAAGAA